GACCGUUUUCUCCGUCAGUGAUUAGAGGAGUUUUGACCACGCAAGGUGGUGAUAUUUAUUUCGAGUUCAUUUUUCAGUUUUAGAGCUCUUCAUACCAAUACGAUAGAAGUGUGUGUUGGAAUUUGAACCAUGUCAAGAGUGGGUGCAUUAUUUUCGAAGUCGCAAUUUUUUACAUAGAUUUGGAGAAUUUCUCACAAUUAAAAAUACUUUCGAAGGCAUACAGUGACCGAGUAUGCUAUAUAGUUCUGUGCUUCUAAAUUGAGAUGUUACAUGCCAUAUUCUAGUUGGAAUAUUUGCCCAAACCUAAUUAAAUCAAACUCGUGAUCAAUAGCAUGACUACAUUUGGAGCCGAUAAAAAUAUUACUUGAAUACAGUUAGAAGAAGUGCAUUAUACAUUAAAUUUAUUCAAUAUAAUCGAAAUCAAGGAGGUUGAUUCAAUUACAUAAAACCAGACAAUUUUACGAACUGAAAGCACUCCCCGGUAGGGUAGCUCAGUAGUGGAAAACGGCAGCCAGCAAACAAGAAGCAGUAAUUUCUGUCGUCGUGGUCGCGGAAUUUCCUUCGAUGUGUGUGCGAGCAGAAGCCUGCUGCUGCUGCUGGGUCACCAGCAACGAAUAAAACUUGUCCUCAAAGUGAAGGAAGAACGAAAACAAUUAAAACGUCAUCCAUUUUGACGUUUAACCCGAAGGAAAUAAACCAAAUAAACGGAUUACGAAUUGGGAAUGUCACAAUUAUAUUGAAUACUUUAUUGAAAGAAGUGUAAAUCGAAAAGUGAAUAAUUCUUCAAGUGUCAAGUGUUAUUCCGGAGAGUGAUCAAUUAGUGAAAAUUUCGGUGAAAACAGUUAUAGGAUUCGGCGGAACCGCAUGUGGAUACUUAAAUAUUUCUCAUAAAAUAAUUCUGGUGUUCUCAACCUUUCAGAAAGGGAUUAUUUACUUUUAAACGGAACCAGAGAUUACGACAGAAAGCGAUAGCUCUAGUGUCCCAGAAGAGCACGGUUAUGUAGACCAUAAUGGAUUUUCAUGACGAAUAGAGAAACUUAUCCAUUCAAGUGUCCCGAUCUUCAACGGAGUGUUAAUAGGUGGGACUUGUGAUCCCAGCAUUGUGUGGAAAUCGUAAUUGGCUAGCUAGGCUAGCAUCUGAGUUUGGUACGCCCUACGGCGACGCGGAAUAAGGAUAUCCGAUAGUUUGCAUUUGCAACAAGUUAGAAAAAAAAAAUAUCACAAUUCACCCCGACACGAUGUCACAUCACAGCGAUGAUCAGCUGCUGCAGGCUGGCAGCGAUUCGUUCUGGGAACCCGGCAAUUAUAAACGAACUACCAAGCGGAUAGAGGAUGGUUACAGAUUGUGUACAGAUCUGCAAACGUUGAUACAAGAACGGGCGGAAAUUGAGAAAGGAUAUGCCAAAAGCUUGAAAACAUGGUCGAAAAAAUGGGGCGAGCUGAUUGAGAAAGGUCCUGAGUACGGAACAACAGAGGCCGCUUGGAAGGGUAUCCUGACGGAGGCGGAUCGACUGUCAGAUGUGCAUCUUAAAGUCAAAGAAAAUCUAUGCACCGAUGUGAUGCAUCAAAUUAAAGUGUGGCAAAAGGAUAACUACCAUAAGACAAUGAUUCAAAUCAAGGAACGCAAGGAAAUGGAAGACCAAUUCAAAAAGGCGCAGAAACCUUGGGCAAAGCAUUUGGCUAAAGUGGAAAAAUGCAAAGCUGACUACCAUGCCGCCUGCAAGACUGAACGGUCAGCCACCAAUCAGGAGAAGAAUGCUACAAGCGACUCAUCGCUUUCCAGCGAUCAGCCCUUGCAGUUGAAGAAAAUGCAAGACCGAACCAUGCGUACCAAGGAAGAGGUGAACAAAUGUCGGGAGCGGUAUGAAGGCGCUCUGCAGGAGAUCAACAAAUACAAUCCUAUCUACAUUGAGGAUAUGACCUCGGUGUUUAGCAAGUGCCAAGAAAUGGAAGAGACUAGGUUACGCUUCUUCAAGAACGUGCUCUUCUCGAUACACAAGUGUUUGAACUUCUCGGAAGAUCCUAGUCUGCCGCAGAUCUACAAGGAAUUCCAUCAUACCAUCAAUAAUGCCGACCACCAGAAAGAUCUGAAAUGGUGGUCCAAUAAUCACGGUGUUAAUAUGGGUAUGAGUUGGCCCACGUUUGUGGAGUACACCGAAGAAUUCCGCGACAUCGCGAAGGGAAUCAAGUCGAAAGAAGCGUUACCCGCAGCGCCGAUCACGCUUAUACAUCAGCGACCCGUUGCCGAAGAUUUGCAUGAAUAUCCACCUCCAUCUAGCAACAACAAGAACAGCAUGAACCGCACCUCGGCCACGCUCAGUAUUAGCUCCAAUAGUAAUGCGAACAGUAAUUCGCAACGAGCCACGACGCCAAGCCAGGAAUCACCCAAGUCGGAGAAUGCAUCGAUCAAAAAUAGCGAUGCGGUAACAACCCCGACGCGGAUUUCUCCCGGACGAGGUGCUAGUGGAACGGCGGUUGUAACUAACGGUACCAACGGCAACGGUAAAGCCGGCGAAAACCCGUUUGACGAAGAGGAGGAAUGGGACGAAGGGGAUGGCAACGAUAAUAUUCUGGUUGACAACGGUGAGCCUGGUGUUCCGGUGAAAGCACUGUAUGAUUACGAGGGCGCGGAGAGUGACGAAUUGACGUUUAAAAUGGGUGAAGUCUUCGAAAAACUGGAGGACGAAGAUGAGCAAGGUUGGUGCAAAGGACGAAAGGACGGACGUGUUGGAUUGUAUCCGGCCAAUUACGUGGAACUAAUACCGGCGUAAAAGUAUUUGCUUUCAAAAUCGUGUGUGUUUGUUCCUCGUUCAAGGGGGGGAAGGAGGGAAGAUUGUAGAGUAUUAUCGGAUAUAGGGCGGCCAGUCGGAGUCGCAAGCAAACAAGUGCGGUAUUCGGUUCAUUUAUUUUUAAUAACACGUUUACCAACUAUCACAUAUAAUUUUUUUUACCCAAAACCAGUCACAGCAGAUCGUUAAGUCAUGAUGUUGGAGUUUCUUUUUGAGAGAGAAAUAAAUUUAUAACGUUUGUCUUUUUUUUAGUUCAAACGCAUUUGAUUGGUAUGUUAAAUAUUUUACAUGCGGCAACUGCGAUGUUAAUCACUAUCGGAACAGUAUAAAAUCUUGCUUUACGCCUGAGAUUUGAGUUGUUUCUGGGUAUCAGCGUGAAGAUUUUGCUCGUUAUUAGAACCUUGUGUUGUAAACAGAAGUAUUCCCAAGAAAGAAAUCCAUAUUAGACCUACAAGGGCUAAGAUUUCUGUUCAGGCAGAUUUAUACGAUUAAAAUUGAUAAACUUAACUGUUGAUUUGCUUGUUUCUAGUGACAUGUUGUUAACAUUCAUUAACAUAGUUUAUGGCUCCCAAAAGGAAACCUUUCAACCCACACUGUUGUAUCUUUAAGCUCGGCUCAAUCAUCAGAAAUUUGUGCGGGUCGUAAAUGAAUGAAGCUACCCGUAGGUUGAAAUAUAGUGGCUACUCGCUUUUUAACGAGUAAAAUUCAACAUUUGACGAAAGUCAGUUUAUUUUUCGAAGUCAAAACAAUUAUUCAACUGCGGGAUUUUCCUAGACUAUAACAUCAGACGCUUCCAAGGCAGUUUGAAACGAUAUUAAGCUCACAUACUGAACAUACCAUAGCUAAAUACUGACUGAAGCGUUUUGUGCGAAUACGGAAUGGUAGUCCCUGAAAAGGAACGUUGGAUACACUUAGUCAAGUUUGUUAAACUAUUUUAGUGUAAAAGAAUUUAAUGAUAAACAAAAUGAUAGAAUAAAUAAAAAGAAAACAAAACAAAAUGUUUAAGCUAAGAUGCAUUUAUUCGUAGGACAGAUUCAUAUUUGCAUGUAAAGCGAAACAAAGUUUUGUGUUUACUUUGAGGUAUAUCUGGAGAUCCAUUAUGAAGUAAAUUAUCGAGAGCUUGGAAACACUUUCGAUAUAUUCUUACACGAAAUACAUUUCUGGUUCUUUAUUAUUUCAACAAUCGGCAGUAUUUGAACCAUAUUUCGUUCUGAGCAAUGAAACCUUUUCUGUGCUGUUUAAACCUCUUCCCAAAUCUUCAUUAACAGUCGAACAAUUAUCACAGUCAACAGUCGAUUUCUAGCAAAACUAAGCGAAGCCACAAAUUGAAAAAAAUGCCAAAAAUAUGGGACUAAUAUGUUACAAAGCAUCAAAGCAAAACAAACAUUUACAAGCAACAGAAACCACCAUCGAAGCGAUGUUGUAUAUUAAAUACAGUGUAGAUGUAUUGUAGAAACAGCACAUACAUUUUUAGAGCUAUCAACGUAUCAAGGUAUCAUCGAACGUUAUACACAGAUCUUAUCGAGUUUCAAUAUUUUUUUUCUGGCCGAUGCGCCUGGCGGAAAAAAGUGAUUCAUACAUAACGAAUCCAGAAGAGACUCUAGUGUUGGCAAAAAAAAGUUCACAACCGAUGGAAACUACAGCGAAUCGAACUGUUAAUCUGACUUCUGGCUCACAAAAAAAACUAUACAAUAUGAAUUGUUACUAGUAGAAGUGAAACACUUUUACUAAGGUAUUUGAAAUAUGAAAAGUUGUGAAAUUCUGUCGCUAGAUUGAAGCAAGUUGUGUAACAUACCAUGUUUUGAGGACAAAUGCUAAAGAAAAAAGCAGAAUUGUAAGUUUAAGUAGAUGAUAGAAGAUUAAGUUAUUUAUACAUAAUUAGUGAAGUUGAA